GUGUCAUAAUUAUGGUACUGUUUAAUUCUGGAAAGUGGAAGAAAAAAGAAGAAGAAAUUUCUGAUGAUGGUUCUGGAAUUGAAGCUCGACUUUUAUCUACCAUAAAAAAAGAUAGUGUUGAUGCAAAAUAUGGUUUCACAAAGCACAAAGAUCCUGUUGAAAAAUGCGGGUGGUUAAUAAAUAUGCACCCGACAGAAAUUCAGGAUGAAGAUAAAAAACUUCUUAGUGCUGUUGACUAUUAUUUUAUUCAAGAUGAUGGCAAUAGAUUCAAGGUUUCAUUGCCAUUUAACCCUUAUUUCUACAUCGCAGCUAAAGAGGGAACAGAAAGAGAACUUGCAACUUACCUCAAUAAAAAAUAUGCUGGCUUAAUAGCUUCGAUUGAAACAGUUGAAAAAGAAGACUUAGAUUUGCUAAACCACUUGACUGGUUUAAAGAAAAGUUAUAUCAAACUUUCAUUUUAUAAUGAAAAAGAACAAAUGAAAUUGAGGAAGGAAAUCCAACCACUUAUCAAGAAAAAUAAAGAACGCGAAAAAGCUUAUUCUACAUAUACAAUGGUAACUGGUAAUACUGAUUCAAACAACGAUGGUACAUCCUCAAAAACAAAUUUAAUGGAUAAUAUACUUGAUAUACGUGAAUUUGAUGUUCCAUAUCACGUGAGAGUAUCAAUUGAUCUAAAAAUAUUUGUGGGUCAUUGGUAUAAAGUUAAAGUUCAUGGCGGUUUAAAUGUCAGCAUCAAAAUAUGUCCUGAGUUACUUCACAGACCAGACCCAGUUGUCAUGGCAUUUGAUAUUGAAACAACAAAAUUACCAUUAAAAUUUCCUGAUUCAGCAAUUGACUCAAUUAUGAUGAUUUCAUAUAUGGUUGAUGGACAGGGCUAUUUGAUAACAAAUAGAGAGAUAGUGUCUGAAGAUAUUGAAGACUUUGAAUAUACGCCACGCCCUGAGUAUGAAGGGCCAUUCAUUAUUUUUAAUGAACCUGAUGAGGCAAGUCUACUACGCCGUUGGUUUGAUCAUAUAUUGGAACUCAAGCCAAAUAUAUUUGUUACAUAUAAUGGUGAUUUUUUUGAUUGGCCCUUUAUUGAUGCUCGUGCAAAGGUAUAUGGGAUAUCUAUGAUAGAAGAAAUAGGAUUUAGCCCAGAUGCUCAAAAAGAAUACAAAUCCACUUAUGGAAUACACAUGGAUGCUUUUAGGUGGGUGCAACGAGACAGUUAUUUACCAGUGGGAAGCCAAAAUUUAAAAGCUGUUACAAAGGCAAAGCUUCGUUACAAUCCUGUUGAAGUUGAUCCUGAAGAUAUGGUUAGAAUGACAAGUGAGCAGCCCAGGGAAAUGGCAAGUUAUUCAGUAUCUGAUGCAGUCGCCACUUAUUAUCUCUACAUGCAAUAUGUUCAUCCGUUUAUAUUUGCUUUAUGUACAAUCAUUCCAAUGGAACCUGAUGAGAUACUUCGGAAAGGAUCUGGAACAUUAUGUGAAGCUUUGCUCAUGGUAGAAGCAUUUCAUGCAAACAUCAUUUUUCCAAACAAACAAGAGCAGAUUCAUACUAAAUUUUAUGAUGGUCAUCUGCUUGAAACGGAAACAUAUGUAGGUGGACAUGUUGAAGCAUUAGAGAGUGGUGUUUUUAGAAGUGACAUACCUUGUAAAUUUCGGAUGGUACCAGAAGCAUUUCAAGGUCUUAUUGAUAAUUGUUAUGAAACACUUAAAACAACCAUUGAAAAUGAACAUGGUGUACCAAUUGAUUGUGUAACAAACAUUGAUGAGCUUUGCAAAGAGAUCUGUGAUCAACUUGCUACAUUGAGAGAUACCCCAAAUCGACUUGAGAAGCCAUUAAUCUAUCAUCUUGACGUAGCAGCUAUGUAUCCUAAUAUAAUUUUAACAAAUAGAUUGCAGCCUUCUGCUCUAGUUGAUGAAGUUAUAUGCGCAUCAUGUGAUUUUAACAGACCUGGUGCACGUUGUCAACGUAAAAUGACUUGGAUGUGGAGAGGAGAUUUUAGUCCAGCAAAUUAUGGGGAAUAUCAAAAUAUAAAACAACAGCUUGAAGUUGAAAAACAUCCCGGGAGAUUUCCUAAUGAGCCAACACGUUCUUUUCAUAAACUUUCGCCGUUUGAACAAGCAGUCUUAGAAAAAAAAAGGUUGUCAGCCUAUUCCCACAAAGCAUAUAAAAAAGUAAAGAUAACGAAGAGCGAGGUAAGAGAGUCAAUAAUAUGUCAACGAGAGAACGCAUUUUACAUUGAUACUGUUCGAGCCUUUCGUGAUCGGAGAUACGAGUUUAAAGAUUUACUAAAGGUUUGGAAAAAUAAAGUUUCAGCUGCAAAAGAUAAAGGUGAUCCAGCAGAAAUAAAAUAUGCUUCUGGAAUGGAGGUUUUGUACGAUUCUCUUCAGCUUGCGCACAAGUGUAUCCUAAACUCAUUUUAUGGUUAUGUUAUGAGAAAAGGAUCACGUUGGUUUUCUAUGGAGAUGGCUGGAAUUGUUUGUUACACUGGUGCACAUAUUAUUACUGCAGCUAGAGAACUUGUUGAGCAAAUUGGUCGUCCUUUAGAGCUAGAUACUGAUGGUAUUUGGUGCAUUUUACCAGCUAGUUUUCCAGAAAACUUUCAGGUUAAAACAACACAUCUUAAGAAACCAAAAAUAACAAUAUCUUAUCCUGGUGCAAUGCUAAAUUAUAUUGUUCAGUCUGGAUUCACAAAUGAUCAGUACCACGAUUUGAUAAAUCCAGAACAUCUUGAGUAUAAAGUACGAAGUGAAAACUCAAUUUUUUUUGAAGUUGAUGGACCUUAUAAGGCAAUGAUCUUACCGGCAUCUAAAGAAGAAGGUAAAAAGUUAAAAAAACGGUAUGCAGUUUUUAAUGAAGAUGGUACUUUGGCUGAAUUGAAAGGUUUUGAAGUUAAGAGACGUGGAGAAUUGCAACUUAUUAAGAUAUUUCAAUCAUCUGUAUUUGAAUCAUUUUUGGAAGGAAAAUCAUUGGAAUCUGUUUAUUCUUGUGUUGCUAAGUGUGCUGACUAUUGGUUGGAUGUUCUUUAUAGCAAGGGUGAAACUUUACCUGACAAUGAGCUUUUUGAGUUAAUUUCAGAAAAUCGAAGUAUGUCUCGCUCACUUGAUGACUAUGGCUCACAAAAAUCAACAUCAAUCAGUACUGCCAAGCGUCUUGCUGAGUUUCUUGGAGAUCAAAUGGUUAAAGAUAAAGGCCUUAGUUGUCGCUUCAUAAUAUCAUGCAAACCUGAGGGCUCACCUAUAACAGAAAGAGCUAUCCCUCUAGCCAUUUUUCAAACAGAAGAUAGUAUUAAAAAACAUUAUUUAAAACGAUGGCUCAAAGUUCAGGACAAUUUUGACUUUGAUAUAAGAAACAUUUUGGAUUGGAAUUAUUACAUUGAUCGUCUAAACAGCUGCAUUCAAAAAAUAAUUACAAUACCAGCAGCUAUGCAAGGAAUUGCAAAUCCUGUACCAAGAUGUAGACAUCCUGACUGGUUGCACAAACGAUUACUUGAAAAAAAUGAUGUUUUUCAGCAAAAGCGAAUAACUGAUAUGUUUUCUAAAGUACCAGAAUUGGUUGAGAAAGAAAAUAGUGUCACAGAUUUAGAAGACAUUGUUGGCAAACGAUCUUUAACUUCUCCAUCAAUGCCUGUGGUCCAUAAGAGAAGAAAAGUUGAUAAAAAUGUUGAAAAUUCUGAGUUUAUGGAAAGUGAUUUAUUAAAAUCUUGGAGAGAAGUCUUAGGAAGUCCUCCAUCUAUGGGUGCAACUAAAGAAGACCAACAUGCUUGGAUUUUGUUCCAUAAAAGGAAAUGGUUGUUCCAGAAACUGCAACGAAAUGCUGCUCGCAAGUCUCGGGAGAAAUUAAAAAAUAGCAAUAUGGCAGACAACUUUGGUGACAUACGAAGGGUUAAUCCACAAGCAGGACUUUCUAACUUUUUUAAAAAACAGACAAGAUCGAUUCUUGAAUGUCAUUGGGAAAUAAUACAGAUAGCUGAAACAGAUACUCCUGGUAUUUUCAACUUAUUUGUGAUGGUAAACAAUGAUCUUCAUUCUAUCAAUGUAACAGUACCACGCGUUUUUUACGUCAACUCUCGUAAACUUAAAUCAGGAGAUGGUGCAACAUGGCGAAAAGUUAACAAAAUUCUUCCUCGAUCCCAACCCUCUUUUUUUUUGUAUGAGUAUUCAAUACCAGAAGUCAUUUAUAAAGAUUAUAGCAGUGAGCUUGUUGCAGACUUGUCUUCACCUGAUAUUGAAGGGAUCUAUGAAACACAGGUUCCACUAGAUAUUCGUGCUGUGACAAAGCUUGGCUGUUUAUGUAAAGUCCACAGAAAUGUUGCAAGAGCAUUAAAUGGAAGAGAUGUAGAUUCGUUUGAUAUAAGUCAACUUGAUUACAAAACAUUGGCAGAACAUUCUUACUUGGAAUCUCAGUCAUUAAAACAUUUAUUCUUUUAUCAUGCCCAACUUGAAAGUCGUGCUGUUUUUGUAAUUUUUUUAUCUCCUCUACAAAAAACAUAUGUGUUUAUUUUAAAUACUGUUCGAAGCAACCAAAUGCCAAACUUAGCAAACAUGUAUACAACAGAAAGGACCAAUAGAAUUCUUGAACGAAAAGAACAAGAUGAAGUAUAUAAUCCCCCAGAAACUGUGUCUUUCACAUUUGAUGUGCAAGUCGAAACAGAUUCUAAAAUAUUAUUUCGCAACAUAAAUCGUGUACUGACGCAAUACCAAGAUGAGAAAAAAGGUCCCACAAUGAUCCUAUUGCAGGCUCAAACAGAUCAAAGGCAUCUUAAAUCACAAAUAAAUGCAUUAAAAGGGUAUCCUAUUGUAGAAAUGCCUAAAAUCGAAAUCGACAUAAGUCAGUUUACUGCUCUCGAUUGGCAAAGACAGUUAGCUAAAAGAUUUAUUCAUUCUUAUUUGGAUACAAAUGAUUGGUUGGAGGCUCAACUUUUAAAUGCUCGUUAUUUCCAUAUUCCGAUUGGUAAUAUUCCCUCUGGUGAUGCUGCAUUAUAUGCUGCUGAUAUUUUUUAUGCCAGACAUUUGCAAAAACAUAAUCAUUUGCUAUGGAUGUCCUCUACUGAUCGACCAGAUCUUGGUGGUAAAGAAGAAGAUGACAAUAGAAUUGUGACUGAAAUUGAUGAGGGAGGAAGUCCUGAAAUUAAUCAGCCAGGUUGUUAUUCAACAGUCUGUGUAGAAUUAUCCCUUGAUGCAAUUGCAGUUAACACUGUUCUACAAUCACAACAUAUCCAUGAUGCAGAAGGUGUUGAUCAAAGCUUUGAUAUUGUUCAGCAGGCUUCUUUAGAAGAAAUGCUAAACUCUGGCCCAGGUUCCAUUUCAAAUUUAACUACAUAUGAUGAAGGAGCAGCUUGCUCAGCUUCGUUUAGAAUUUUGAAAAGUUUGGUUUUCAAUUGGUUUUCUGAAGUUGUAACAUACAAGAAUCCAUUUGCUGAUAACCAGCUCAUUCAUUUUUAUAGAUAUUUGCGUUCACCAGAAGCAAUGUUAUAUGACCCAGCUUUGUGUAGAUUUAUACAUGGUCUUAUGAAGAAAUACUUUAUGCAGCUGAUCUCAGAGUUCAAAAAACUUGGUUCAACUAUUGUUUAUGCAAGUUUUAAUAAAAUUAUUCUCAACACAAAGAAGAGAAAAUUAAAAGAUGGUCUGGCAUAUGUACAGUACAUAAUGAAUAGCAUUCUAUCAAAGAUGUUGUUUAAAAGUAUACGCUUAGAACCAAAAGCAUGCUGGGAAUAUCUACUUUGGAUGGAUAAAUCUAAUCAAGGAGGAAUCUACCUUUCUGAAAUUCCUAAUAAUUUCUAUAAAAAUGGUGAACUAUGCAUAUCAACAGUUGAUGAUGAAGAAGAUACAGAUCUUGUAUCAUUAGCAAAACAGAAAAAAGUGGAAAUGAAUUGGAACAUUUGCAAAUUUCUUCCAACAGCAGGAUCAUGUCAAAACUUCUUUCAGAUUGCUAUUGCUGGUCAUAUCCAUGCUGUUUAUGUACAUAUAAUUGAGGAAACUGCAAGAUUGCCAUCUGGUGUUGAUACCCCUGUGAAAAGAAGAGGUAUCAGUACUCAGCUAGAACGUAUGGCAGAAACAGUAUGUACACCUAGUAUGGUUCAGUUUUCUCAAGAAAGAAUUCAAAAUGUUCUCACUGAACAAUUAUUUGGAAUUACUCAAAAAAUUCACCGCUCUGUUUCAACAUCUGUUAAUAAAGAUGGUGACCCAGUGUUUCCUUUACUUGCGGGAUCCUAUCUACCUUUGAAAAGUCCAGGACUUGAGUUUGUGAAAGCAGUUUGUCAAGUUUUACGUCUUGAUGUAAAUAUUCAAAGUCAAGUAGAUAAAUUGAAAAGGGAUUUGUUAAAGUUGAUAGGUGUUGGAAGUUUUGCUGAUGAAGCGAAUUUUCAAGACCCAUGUAUGUCCCUGGUAGUGCCUGAGGUGAUCUGUGAAUACUGCAAUAGCUGUCGAGAUUUAGAUUUAUGUCGCGAUGCUUGUAUAACUCCUGCCAGAGGAAAUCAACCAGCAAGUAUUCGGUGCUCUAACCCUGAGUGUGGUGUUAAUUACUCAUUAGAAGUCAUCGAACAGCAUCUUAUUUCAAUGUUAAUGCGUCGCUCUAUGACGUAUACCUUACAAGAUCUGAAGUGUACUAAAUGCAAAAUGAUUAAAGACAAAAAUAUGUCCAAGUAUUGCGACUGUGCUGGUACCUAUAGUAAUAAUAUUCCACGGGAUCAAUUUAUGCAAAAAUUAAAGAUUUAUGAAAAUAUAUCAAAGCAUUACCACUUGGAAAACUUAUCUGAAAUGAUCGAGUUCAUCAAUAAAUAUAAUUGAAUAUCAAAUAUAUUGAAUCUUAAAUCAUAGAAAAAUGAAAUAUUUUAAAUUUGAGAUUACAUCUCGUUUAGAGAUGUUAAAUUAAAUUUGACUGUGUAAUGAACUUUUUUUAUCCCUUAAUUUUUAUUACAUAAACGUUUUAUCUUUAAUCGCAUUUUGACACAGAUUACCAGAAUGAUCACAAGAUUUCUUAGCAGCAUCUUUCUUUGUUGAAAUCUUUAUUUAAAUUAUUAUUAUAUAUUAAAAAUAACAUGAAACUUAUAAACCUUAUAUAAGUUUAUAAAUCUUCAUUUGUCUUAUUUGUAUUUA